AUGUUUGUUUUACCAAAGAAUCCAAAUGCAGAGUUAUGGGAUGGUCCACGUACAGGCCUUGAAGGCGUCAAGGAAUUAUUUGGAGCAGAUGAGGCAUAUGAAAAUACAAGAUUUAUACCUUAUUUGAAAAACGUACUUGGCUCUUCAAAACAUAUAUUUAUGGAUAACUAUACUGUGCCAACCUUAUUAACAGAGGCAGAAAGCAAACUUAUUGAUACGGGUUUAAAGUUACAAACUAUUUUACCUUUGAGUAAAGUCGUUCAUGAACUUCGUACAAUUAAAAGUAAAAGUGAAAUUGAGGCUAUGAAGGAGUCGGGUAUGAUUAGUUCAAAGGCUUUUAUUGAAGCUAUGAAAUGGACAAAACCUGGUUUGACAGAAUCUCAAUUAUGGGCUAAAUUUGAAUAUGAAACAAGAGUAAGAGGCUCAAGUGUAUUAGCAUAUGUGCCUGUCAUUGGAGGAGGACCUAAUGCUUUAUCCAUGCAUUAUGUUCGUAACGAUAUGGAAUUAAAGGAUGGAGAUUUAGUCUUAGUUGAUUGUGGUGGAGAAUAUAAAGGUUAUGCUAGUGAUAUCACACGUACAUGGCCAGUCAAUGGUAAAUUUAGUCAACCUCAAAAAGAACUCUAUCAAGCUGUUUUGAACGUAAAUAAAGCUUGUAUUAAGUUGUGUAGAGAGAUCAACAAUAUGUCUUUACAUGAUAUUCAUUCAGAAUCUGUCAAAUUAAUGAAACAGGAAUUAAAAAAUAUUGGAUUUAACGUGAAUAUUUGGGAUAUCGAAAGAGUUUUAUAUCCUCAUCAUGUAGGUCAUUAUUUAGGCUUAGAUGUACAUGAUACAUAUGACAUAGACAGAUCUCGUAAACUAAAAGAAAAUAUGGUUAUCACAAUUGAGCCUGGUCUUUAUGUUCCUUUUGAUGAUAAAUUCCCUAAAGAAUAUCAAGGUAUUGGUAUUCGUAUUGAAGAUAAUGUAGUUAUUGGAAAAGAUGAACCUUAUGUCCUUACUGCAUCCGCACCAAAGGAAAUUGUAGAUAUAGAAUUUUGCUGUGAAAAUAACAAAUGA